UGCGGUUUGGAAUUCAUCCAGCCGGCCGGUUAGGCGGGACGUGUGAGUGUUGGUGGCGGGGCUGGGUGCGUUUGGACACCGAAGGAGCGGCUGGAGUGGACCCGGUGGGAUGAAGAGGAUAACGGGGUCUGUGUGCGGGUGUACCGGGGCCUGGCUGGCCGUGUUGGCGGCGGUUUGGGCGGUUUGCCGGGGACAGGAAGCGAUCCCGGAGUGCGCUCCUAGCGGCCAUGUGGUGCUUGACAACCCUUACCGGAGCGUGGCGGUGGCGGAUGUUCCCCAGGCCCGGCGGAUCUGUGACCGGGACCUGCAGCCGGGCUGGUACAGGCUACAGCUGCACGGCAAGGACGCGCAGAUACCCACACAGUGUGUGCAGAUGAACCACUGCGGGACCCAGGCGCCCAUCUGGCUGUCCCUGGGGGACGGGAGCCUCCCCACCCCUGGGGAGACAGGAGCGUACACCGGCUGUGUGGUGUGGGGCUUCCCGGGACAGACCCCUGACUGCUGCCUACUGCGCAUGCCCGUCAAAGUCCGCAACUGCGGAGACUACUUCGUGUACCAUUUACAACCCGCGCAGGGAUGCAUGAUGGCGUACUGCGCUGUGGGUGAGCGCGCCAAGUGCCAACCGGGGAUGUACUCAGCAGACGGGUACGAGCCAUGUAGAAAGCCGCAUCCCACCUUGACAGCCACGCCCUUCAUCAGACCGGCUGUGAUUGGUCGAACUGUGUACCUGAACUGUUCCCACCGAUCAGAGGCCUCGGAUGAGUCAGGUGACGUGGAGUACGAGGUGACGUGGUUCCGCGAGAGGUAUAACGGAGAGAGGGUGGAGAUCACCAUGGCGAAAACUCAACAGCCGUACUCACUUCUCCGGAGGGGUGCACAGUGGAGGGUUGGAGAGACGGUGCUGUGUAAGGUGCAGGCGUACUACAUCGACCCCCCAGAACUCAGGGAGGCCGGACUGGAGAGUGCGCCUUUUUUCGCUGGCAUGAAGAUAUACCCACUACAGUCAGUAAUACAGGAAAACGGCAAGGCGCAUGAGCUGACCUUUGAACUCACCGUUCCCGUCGUGUGCCAGUCCGACAUUUGCAGACUGAGGAUUCCGCUCAACGUCAGAGACAAGGAUGGAGCGUUGCCCCCCGAUAUCGCGCUGACCGAGUGUACGGUAGAGAUCCCGUCCCAGCCCUGCACACCUCAACACUGCGGGAAACAUGUAGUACACAUGUCUGCCGUCACCGACUUCGUGGCCGACGGGAAACGGAAGAGCGUCAUUCUGACCCAGGAAGUGAAAAGUGAAGACCAGAACUGGCUGAUGUAUGACCCGGAAAAUAUUGAGGUAGUUGUGGAAGACGUCCCCACGGCGCGCUGCUACUCCUUCACGGAUCCACACGUCAUCACCAUGGACGGCACAAUGUACGACUCCUACAAAGCUGGCACCUUCAUCAUGUACAAAAGUACCUCUAGAGAUUUCGAGGUCCACGGGCGUGCGUGGAACUGCGGCAGCCCCUUCCGGCCGGUCGCCUGUCACUGCGGCUUCGUGGCGCGGGAAAAUGCUGACGUCAUUUCCGUCGACAUGUGCGACGGCAACCCCGGAGAGACUACUGCGCAGGUGCGGGUGAAGAGCGAACUUCCGCUGGCGCCAGGCGUGGAGAUUACCGAGAUGUAUGAUGGGAAGAGAGUUGUGGUGUUCUUCCCAUCUGGUGCGUUCGUGCGCGCUGACAUCGCAGGUUGGGGCAUGUCGCUCACGCUUCAGGCGCCCGGCCGGGACUUCAACAGCACGCGCGGGCUCUGCGGUACGUUCGACGGCAACGACAAGAACGACUUUCACGACAGUCAGGGCCGACUUAUGGCAGUGUCGCAAAACUUCGGCCAGGUCAUCGAGUUCGUGGAGCAAUGGAGACUCCCAGUCGGCAUGAGCAUGUUCGACAAGCUGCCGGAACCACGUGACUACCCUCCACUCCAGUCUUUCUGCGCCUGCGCGGACACGUCAGACGACACCUCCCAGCCGGACGGGUUCGGCGACAUCUUAAGCCUCAUCAACCGGCUGCCUGACCCCGGGUCAAAGUGCAACCCCGUCAUGCAGACUUGUCCCGAGGAGAAAUGCGACCGACGGGAUCACGUUCGUAAAGCCACCGUGAUCAAUUCUCCCAACCUGACAGCCAACUAUAGCAACAAGAUAUCUCCUAGAAAUCCAACCUCUCCUAGGGAGAGAACAGAUUUUGAUCAGUAUGCACUUCUAGGAGGUGAACAUACCCUUAAUGAGAGACCUCAUUCCAGUCAAGGUCACAUGACAAAGAAUCACACAAGUGGUGCACAUAUAAGUAAAAACACAGACUUUUUGUCUGUCUUGAAUGAGGAAGAUUUGCUUGUACCAGCCGAAGUCGAUGAGAAAAAUCCAGCGUUGAACGAACAUGGCGUUCCAAUACCCAGCAUUCUCCGCGACUUCAGGAGACGUCAUCGUCACAGUGGGCAUGCGCGAGCGGGAAACACAAAUCCACUUCAAUCACACACAGCUGGAAGACGCCACAAGCGUCAAGAUAUCAACGAAUUCUUCCCUUUCGAAGGAAAUGAGAUCGACUUUGAGUCCGGAUCAUACUUCUUUCCAGGGGAUUUCAUUCUGACGGAUCUUUCCCCGGUCAUUCCAAGAUGGCCGACAACCAGCGGAAAGACUGAUGGAGAGGUUCGAAAAAUUUGCAUAUCAAACCUUCUGAACGCAACCGUCGGGGAGGUUUGCGGGGACGUCCUUGGCAACAAGGUCAACAACAUCAUCGAAAUUUGCAUAAAGGACGUUCUGCUGACUGACGACACUUCCUGGGCUCGUGACGCACUUCCGCUACUGGAAGCGCAGUGCGAGGAGGCCGCGUUACGUGACGUGUCACUCUGGGAAAAAGACGAACAGGGCGUUCUCGUUCCCAACAGGAAGAUCACGAGGUUCCUGAACUGCCCGAACUCCUGCAGUGGCCACGGCGCAUGCACGGAUGACGGCUGUUUGUGUGACGCAGGAUUCACGUCGUACGACUGCAGCGUCUCUCAAAACGAGGCUCCACAGGUGUUCGGCCUGGAGCAGAACGGGCUGUGCGACAUCCGCAUGGCCCCGUGCACGCGGGUAGGCGCGCUGGGGAGGGGCUUCCGGAACCAGCCGGGCAUGGGCUGUCUGGUGGCGCCGGUAACGUAUUCUGAAGGAUCAUGGAGGCUGAGUGGGGCCGCCAUCUUUACCCAGGCAACUUUCGUCAACUUCCGGUCCGUGUCCUGCGAAAUCCCAGCAUCCCCUGUGACUGUUUCCGGCGGACGCAGCGAGACAUCAGGCUGGCAGAUAAAGGUUCCAAACUUUUUUGUGUCUAACGACGGCUCAACCUUUAGCGAGGCCGCCCUGUUCGUGACGUAUGACUCGGUGUGCCAGGACUGUGACCAGUCCAUCCCCGGACUCUGCAAGAUUAAGAACAACACCUGUAUCAUCAACGGGCGUUGCUAUGGCAGCAGGGAACCCCGCCCUGGUAACAAGUGUGAGCAGUGCCUGCCGCAUAAAAGCACAGAGAACUGGUCUGUCAGAGAAGGAAACCUACCACCAGUGUUACAAGUCCCAGUGGAAGUCGCUUCUUUCGUCGGAGAGGACUUCGUUUACGAGCUAAAGGCCGUUGACCCAGAAGGGUCACAGAUCCUGUUCUCACUUCUCACGAGAAACGACGAGAUCAUGCUGACUCCUGUCGGCCUGCUGAUGCUGAAACCGGAAAGAGCGCUGAAACAACCUGUGGAGUUCACCAUAACGGACGAGUGCAACUCUAUCAGUAGAUUUGAGAUUACGGUAGAUGUCAAGCCUUGUGAAUGUGAAAAUGGAGGAAGUUGCGUCACUGACAUCAAGUACCCCGCCGGAAGUGGCAUGUACAUGUGCGUGUGUCCGCCUGGUUACCAAGGAGAGCGUUGCCAAGACAACGUGGACCACUGCAAUCCGAACCCCUGUCUCCAUGGCGACUGUGUAAACACUAAGGGUGGCUUUGCUUGUGACUGUGAAAGAGGAUACACAGGUGACCGUUGUGACGAAGACAUCGACGAAUGUGCCGAGAAACCCUGCUAUCCCGGCGUGCAGUGCGUGGACCUGGUCGGCUCCUUUUCCUGUGGGAAGUGCCCGGUGGGCAUGAUGGGAACGGGUAUCCAAUGUACAGACAUAAACAGCUGCGCCAGCGGACCGUGCUUCGCAGGUGUAGCCUGCCACGACAAGCGCGCACCUCAGACUGGCUACACCUGCGGCAGCUGCCCACCUGGUUUCCAUGGCGACGGCGUCACGUGCGAGUACACCCCGGUACAGGAACACAGAAUAGGGCUCCCGGUAGUACUAGCCCCAGUGGUUCAAGCCGGCGCAUGCGCAUCCAACCCAUGUUUUCCCGGCGCGCAAUGCGAGCCCCUGCCGGACGGCUACAUCUGCGGGCAGUGUCCGGAGGGCUACACUGGGAACGGGAAGGAGUGCUUCGCCAUGUGUGAUUGGCCGUGCAUGCGCAACAUGGUGUGCGUGGGUCUGAACACCUGUGCAUGCCGGGAAGGUUACUCCGGGUACCAGUGUCGCCAGGCCGUCUGCAAACCCGACUGCAAAAAUAGGGGGCGCUGCGUCAAGCCGAACGUCUGCAGCUGCAUGCCGGGAUACCUCGGACCCACCUGUGAACAGGCGGAAUGCGUGCCUCCUUGCGACCAUGGUGGGAAGUGCAUCGCCAGGAACGUGUGCUCCUGUCCCUAUGGUUACGUCGGACCGCGAUGCGAAACGAUGCUGUGCCGUCACAACUGCCAGAACGGCGGCGUGUGCGUCGCACCUGACGUCUGCAAGUGUCCGGCUGGCUUCGUCGGACUCACCUGUGAGACAGCCGACUGUACCCCGGCCUGCCGUAACGGUGGCGUGUGCACCCGGCCCGGACUGUGUGCCUGUCCGCCUGGGUUCUUCGGGAGGAGAUGCGAGAGAGGUGUAUGCAGACCAAAGUGCCAGAACGGCGGAGACUGCAUGCGCAGAAACAUGUGCCACUGUAAACCGGGCUACACAGGGAGUCGCUGUCAAUUCAGUAUCUGCGAGCCGCGGUGUCAGAACGGCGGGAAGUGCGUGAAGGCGAACAGGUGUUCCUGUAAGUCCGGCUUUACGGGGAGGAGAUGUGAGAAAGCUAUCUGUGUGAACAGAUGUCGGAAUGGCGGCUCCUGCGUCAAACCCAAUGCCUGCGCAUGCCCAGCUGGCUUCAAGGGAGCCGUCUGUCAAACAGCGGUGUGUAAGCGGAGAUGUCUGUACGGCGGAAGGUGCGUGGGUCCCAACCGGUGCUACUGCCGCCCGGGCAGGGGAGGGCCGUACUGCAACAAACGGAUACGCAGAUAACGGAAUCGUCAUCAAGUGGUGACGUCAUCAUUUUGUACAUAAAACAUGCAGCAGAAGUAGGACUUUUUCAUUCAUCAUCAGGUUCUGUGGUCACCAUGGAAACGGCUCAAAGAGCAGUGACGCGACACACUCCACGAUUUUACCUCGAAAUGUGCCCGUUUUUAGCUUUAUUUAGAUAAGUCACAAUCUACAAUGUUUAAGUGCGGACAAAAUGUUACUGUUUUGUUGUUGUUCUUGUUGAUGUUGACAUGUUCUAGAUGUAAACAUCCUUGUCUAAGGCUGAGGUACUUAUUUACAAUUUCGUAAUUUAGCAUUGAACAUUCCAAAACGAAGGUCAACUCAAAGUGACCUUGACCUUACCUUACCUUUUAAUGGUCACUUUGCUCGCCAAGAUUUCCACCUUUUCCUUUUAAAUGUAGGAUAAGAUUUUAGCAUUUAAUUGCGUUUGUAAUUUUUCUAUAUCUAUGUAUUGUAAAGGUUUUUAAAACUAUCUGUGCUUCUCUACGUAAUUUUGUGUGACGUCAGCGUUUAGUGUGUACCACUCUCCAGGCGAGAGGCAGCUGUGGUGCUCUGGGAACGAGAGCCUCUCGUACCUCACGUAGUCAUUAUUAGUUCACCAUAUUGGUUACUGUUUUAGUUUGUUUCAUGUGUGAAAUCACGAUUUUUAUGAA